ACCUGUGGGCAUGGACGCUCAGGACUGCGGGGCCGCCGCGCAGCCAGAGACCCCCGCCCGCGGCUACGUGGCCGCCUGGUGGGACAUGGUGCUGCGGAACCUGCGGUCUUGUCCACACUCCUGUUCAGCACUUGGAAGAAAAAUUGCUGCUCUGUACAGAAGCUUCACUAGCAAAUCACUGAAAGAACACAUCUUCCCUCCCCUGAUUGAUAUGCUGAUUUAUUUUAACUUCUACAAAGCCCCAUUUCUUGUGGACUUAAAGAAACCAGAGUUAAAGAUUGCUCACACAGUAAACUUCUACCUCAGGCCGGAACCUGGGGUGCUACUAGGCAUCUGGCACACUGUCCCCAGUUGUAGGGGGGAAGAAGCGAAGGGGAAGGAUCAUUGCUGGUACAAAGCUGCCCUACAGGAUGGGAACCCCAUUGUGGUUUAUCUUCACGGGAGUGCAGAACACAGGGGAGCUCCUCACAGAAUUAAGCUGUCAAAGGUGCUGAGUGAUGGAGGCUUUCAUGUCUUGUCUGUUGACUAUAGAGGGUUCGGAGACUCUACAGGGAAACCUACAGAAGAGGGACUUACUGUAGAUGCUAUUUGUGUCUAUGAGUGGACCAAAGCGAGAAGUGGCAACACCCCAGUGUGUCUGUGGGGACACUCUCUGGGCACAGGAGUUGCAACAAAUGCUGCGAAAGUAUUAGAAGAGAAAGGAUGCCCAGUGGAUGCCAUUGUCUUGGAAGCUCCAUUUACCAACAUGUGGGUGGAAAGUAUCAACUAUCCCUUGUUAAAGAUUUGCCAGAAGUUUCCAAGAUGUUUACAUACCCUCAUGGAUUCCCUUAAAAAAGACAAAAUAGUCUUCGCUAGUGACGAAAAUGUGAAAUUCCUGUCCUCCCCGCUUCUCAUCUUACACGGAGAGGAUGACAGGACAGUGCCUUUGGAGUGUGGGAAGCAGCUCUAUGAAAUUGCACGCAAUGCCUAUAGGAACAAAGACAGGGUCAAAAUGGUGACCUUCCCUCCUGGCUUCCAUCACAACCUUCUUUGUCAAAGCCCCUUGCUAUUAAGAAGCGUGAGAGAGUUCCUGAGCCAGCAAUGGGCAUGAAGUCUGGCAGCCACCGAAA